GUAACGGCUAGAUUUUGGUUUAAACUUCAAAGACCUCGUUUCAAAUUCCCAGUCAUCUCCUUCUCUUUCCUCUUCAAGAAUUCCCAAACCUAGCUCUCCAUUUCUCUAUCAUUCUGCAAAACCUCUCAUUCCUCAUACUUUUCUUAUCUCUCUAAUUCUCCGAGUCAAUCUCAAUCUUGGACUUUGUGGGUUCUGUUUCAUAUGGCUCCCACGCCAUCUUCUAAAGCAAACCAAACCCACCCGACCCAGUUGAAGACCCCGCAAUCGAAGCUUCGCAUAAAUUUCAAUGCCGCCAAAACACACCCAUCUCCGAAUCCUAACGCGGCGCCCAAAGAAACUCCACAAGACCACCCGGUCGAAGUAAUCGCCCGGAUCCGAGACCACCCGGAUCGAAAAGAAAAACCCGUUUCGGUUUUGCAAAUCAAUCCCAACAACCACUCUAUACGGGUCCGAGCAGAUUUUGGCUACCGGGACUUUAGCCUCGAUGGGGUUUCUUUGUCAGAAGAAGAGGACCUUGAUGUAUUUUACAAAAAGUUCGUAGAGUCAAGGAUUAACAGUGUGAAGCUAGGGGACAAGUGUACGAUAAUGAUGUACGGGCCGACUGGUUCGGGCAAGAGUCACACAAUGUUCGGGUGCUUGAAGCAGCCUGGGAUUGUGUACCGGUCUUUGAGGGGUAUUCUUGGGGAUGCGGAGGAAGAAAGUGAUUCCAAUGGCUCCCGUAGAACGUUCGUGCAAGUUACGGUAUUGGAGAUUUAUAACGAAGAGAUUUAUGAUCUUUUGUCGAGCAAUGGUGGGGGAGGAUUAGGCCUUGGAUGGCCGAAGGGCAGCGCAUCCAAGGUGAAACUAGAAGUAAUGGGAAAGAAGGCAAAGAAUGCAGCUUAUAUUUCGGGUAACGAAGCUGGAAAGAUUUCGAAAGAGAUACAAAAAGUGGAGAAGCGAAGGAUUGUUAAAAGCACCCUUUGCAAUGAGAGAAGUUCUCGGAGCCACUGCAUGGUAAUCCUUGAUGUCCCAACAGUGGGUGGACGCCUGAUGCUUGUAGACAUGGCGGGAUCUGAAAAUAUUGAGCAGGCUGGUCAAAUUGGAUUUGAGGCCAAAAUGCAGACAGCAAAGAUCAACCAAGGGAACAUAGCAUUGAAAAGAGUGGUCGAAUCCAUUGCAAAUGGUGACUCUCAUGUGCCAUUUAGAGAUAGCAAAUUGACCAUGCUUCUGCAGGAUUCUUUUGAGGAUGACAAGUCAAAAAUCUUAAUGAUCCUGUGUGCAAGCCCAGAUCCAAAGGAGAUACAUAAGACUAUCUCCACCCUUGAAUACGGAGCAAAAGCAAAAUGCAUUGUCCGUGGCCCUCAUACACCAAUUAAAGAUAAAAUUGGCACUGAAGAUUCUUCAUCUGCAGUCAUUUUAGGAUCAAGGAUAGCAGCCAUGGACGAAUUCAUAUUUAAGCUACAGAGGGAAAACAAACUCAGAGAGAAAGAGCGAAAUGAAGCACACAAAGAGCUCUUGAAGAAAGAAGACGAAGUUGCUGCACUCAGAGCUAGAGUUGAACUUAUGGAAGGGAGUGGAUCCGGGGCAAGUGAGGAGGAGAUAAACUCAAAGGUGAAUGAGCGGACUUGGAUUCUGAAAGGUGAGCUAGAAAAGAAAUUGGAGGAGUGCCAGAGAAUGACCAAUGAGUUCUUUGAAUUCGAGAGGAGGAGAAUGGAAGAAAGGAUAUUCCAGCAACAAAGGGAAGUUGAAAUGCUGAGACAGAGGUUGGAGGAGAUUGAGUCUGAGCUAUGCCAUUCAAGAGAUACAAGUGGUGAUGAAAGUGCAUUGAAGGACAUGGAUGGAAGUGGAUUUGCCAAAAGGUUAUUGGGGAUAUAUACCAAUGAGGACCCAGGAAUGGUAAAAUCAAUGGAUUUGGACAUGGAUGAUCAAGAACCAAUUAUUCGUGAGGUGAAACAAGUUGGCGAGAUUAUUUAUAAACCUGUUGGUAUCCAAGGCGUUUUGGAUCAUUCUCAUCAAGUGGAUCAUGAUAUUUUUGCAACAAGAUUUGGUGACAAGGUUAGUCUGAGCACAGUAUUUGAGGAAGAAGUAGAAGGUGAGGAAGAACAGGAAGAGAGAGUGUUAGGUGAAGUGGACAAAGAAAUCAUAGAGGAGAAAGUCUGUACGGUUGAACAGUGUAGCCCUGUACACAGAGUUGAGCAGACGCCAAAUCUGCAUAGCAGAAGUCCAAGGGUGAAAGACUAUCUGAAGGAAAAAUUAGAGGAUGGGUGUAUAGGUUCAGAAUCAAUAAGCGAACCAGAAGAUGGUAAGGAUUCAAUCUCUUCUAGACGAUUGAGAAUCCAAAAUAUAUUCACACUUUGUGGUAAUCACAGGGAGCUGUCUCAACACAUCAGCACCCCAGUACCUGCCAAAAAGAGAUCUGUGAGCAUUGAUCCCCAAACAUCUCCAGUGAUGAGAAUUGGGGAUACUGCAAACAAUUUCAGUAAGGAAAAAUUGGAGGCCCCUGAACGUGGAGCAACAAGUCCAGCACUAACUGUGGAGCCAUUUGGAUCAAUCAAAGAAGUGAAUGAGCAGAAACUGACAGAAUCACAACUGAACAAAAAUCCAGUAUAUAAUGAGAUGGUUUUGGCUUCAAAGGAGAACUACUACCCCUCAUACGAUGGUAAUGAUGAACAGAUUGACGUGUACGUGAAAUGGGAGGCUUCCAAGGAAAAUCCUGGCAUUUUCAUUACCACCCUGAAGGUUGUAAAGGAUGCAAGCCUUGCUGACCUGAGGAAGUUGAUUGAAAUCUAUAUUGGUGCAGACAAUCAAGCAUUCACUUUUCUUCUGCUUGGGGACCCCACUGCAGCUCCCGUUCCAAGAGAAAAGGAAGGAUUGAUACAGGCCAUCAAACUUCCUCUUUGCAACAACCAGGCGAAUGGCCACUUAGCUUGCUUGAGAUCAGCAAAGGGAAUGCAAUGCCCUAGUCAUCUUCCACCAAGUCCGCUCCCAUUGAGGCCACUGGAAAAUAAACAGUCAUUCACCCCAAAUUCCUGCUGCUUGCAGCCCGGUGAUAGUUUAUCACCAAACUACACUUCUACCCCCUAUAUUACUGUUCGAAGGCAUCUGUAAUCUUUUUUGACUGGGCUGCAUCAUACUUCUGUAUUGAAAAUAUACUACUACACAGUAUUUUAAUA